CCACCAGCUGGGAACUAAAGUCUCGUUAAUAACUCGGCUGACAAAGUGUGCCUUCAACUUGGUCAAUAUUUAGUUAGCAUUAGCAGUAAUUUCAUCGUAUCAAACACGCAUGCGGUGGCACAAUUACCUCACGCCCAUUGCCUCCCCCCGCUCAUAUAUUUAGCCCUCGGCAGUGCAUCCGCUUUUUGUACCGUUCUUAUACAUCGUUGACGUCGCAUGCGGCUAUAUAACACAUCGACGUGCGCAAUAUACAACUAGUUUGGUGUCUCCGAUAGCAUUGUUGGAUACACGACAAAACACCUGCAAACUUCAACACCGCCCGUUGAAAUCGAUUCAUUUCCGUUCUACGCCAUACUCUAGUACAAGCAAGCCAGUUUUUGGAUUGUUCUCCUCUGUAUUGGGACGAUUUUGGCGGUUAACGAGUGGAGCAAAGCAGGCUUUUGUUCGGCCAUUUCGGUGACGAUGAUGUUGAAAUCUGUUUGGACGGUUCUGCUGUUGUUGGGAAUUCUAUAUCAAUGCGCAGCCAAUCCAAAAACCUGUGGAGUAGGACUCACAGUCAAAGAAUGCCUGAGAAUCUUAGCUGAACCAGGGAAGAGAGCAUCACCAGAGCAGUCGUUUAAUCCCCGCCUGGCUCCCAAUCUCGACUGGCUUGGGAGCACGGAAAAGGCGAAUGAACCGACGUGCAAACUCAAGGAUAUCUACACAAUGAUCCCCGACGAUUGCCAGGCGGAACUACUGCAGGUCCUGCACUUUUUCGUAACACAUUCCGACUACUGAGAUGGAAGGACGAACGAACAGACUACCACUGACUCAAGCUACGACCAUCUUUCAGUCUAAGUUCUUUCUUUUUCUUGAGACAAAACGAACUUGGUAUUUGGCCAAUCGAACUAGAACAUGACGAUCAAUUUGGAAAGUCUUUAGAUAUCCAAACUCUUUUUUUGGUUAUAUUUGAAAACAACAAUCAACAAAUCGAACUAUAUUGAAUGUUUACAAUUUCAAUGUCUACUUUUUUCAUGCGAGAUAAAACGAUCAGGCCAAUGUAUGCCAAGUAACUUUUGUUAGCUUAUUUCGGCGACUCGCAUAUUUUUUUUUAUACUCAUUUCCUUAAAACAUUUGAUCUUGUCAUUUUUAAACUUCUGUAACAGUAGAGUUGUUAUAACAACAACCUGAAAUGAUACAUGUUUUCAUUUCGUUUGAAAAUUCUAAAACUUGCCUUAUUAAUGUCGAUACAAAAUUAAGGCCACAUUUACAAUGACAACCAUUCCUACCUUGUAUUUUCAGAUCAGUACAGGGUUUGGUAACCAAAAACACGAUGACGACUUUAGAGUAAUUAUAGAUGAAAAACAUCAUUGGUUAAAGACCGUAAAAAAAUCAUUAUGAAGAAAGGUAGUAUGUCAGAGCGUAAACUUAUAACAAGAGUAUGCUAAAAGUUACUUUGGUCAGUGGGGAAAAUAUUAAUUUUGUGCUGUUUCGAACUUUUGAUUUACUGUGUAAUGCAGAGUAGUUCAAGUUAACUUUCAUGUGAUGAUACCAACAACUGACUCCAUUUUGUUCAGUUCCGACCAACAGAGAACCGGGGUGGGGGGGGGGGGGAGGGGGAAAUGCCAGAAAUAUUCUGGACGGCGGAGCAUUUUGAAUAUUGGGUUCGAUUGCUCACACAUGGGUUUGAUAUGGAGUGCCUGUAAAAACGUUACUAACAUGAGACUUUUUCAAUCGCUUGAUCUUAGUGAGAUAGUGUCACUCCUUUUAAAAACUCAGACAUGAGUAACCCGUACGAGGACGUAUUGAUUUAAACCAAGGAUCUCCAAUGAUUUUCAUGUUGUUUGGAUCCCCGGGCAUGCGUAAUCCAUGUGCGCACAACGAGCUGAAUUGUGGCCAAAUACAAAUGCGUAUAUCCUAGUCUUUUUAUCGUUAUUCUGCUGGUUAUUUAUGUCUGAUUUCAAUAAUUAAAAAAAUAAAAAAUCACGACUUCGACCGAACGCUAUAGACUACAGAAACAUUGCUUCAAAAUAGUUUAAUAUCACAAUAACUAAAUCUUAAUAAACCGCAAGGUGUGGGGAAAAACAGAAGUGCUUUAAAUGUUUUAGUCCAUAACGAAAGCUUCAAAUUAAUAUAUAGUUUUAAAUUUUUAACCAUGCAGCAAAGACGCGAGUUUUUUUCUUCUCCCGAUGCAUGUACAAUCUAUACAAACCUGGCAAUGGACACCAAACAUAAUUAUUUUUGUUCAGGGCUUUAGAUCUAAAAGCGUAGUUGUAAAAUACAGGUUGAGUAAAACAAAAAACCCAAAAAACAAAGGUCGGGACUAUUGUUUAUUUAAGUUCUGCAUGUAGCACUUUCAA